AAUACUCAAUUAACCUACUUUGAAAAAGGACAAAUAAUUGGAAUGUAUAAUGUUGGAUCUACUUUAGCUUCUAUUGCUGAAGUAAUAGGCUGUGUCUGCGCUACAGUAUCUAAAUUCUUAGAGCGGGGAUGUGUGAUCGCCAAGAAACCAGGUUUGACUCCAAGACAAGCAGAAUUGCGACUUGCCUGGUAUAAUGCUCACACGAAUUGGAAUAUAAGUGAUUGGCAGAAGGUUAUUUUUAGUGAUGAAUCAUCAGUUGAGAUCGGUGGUUGUUUACGACGAAGUUUUGUAUGGAGAAAAAAUAAAAGUCAUUAUGAACCAUACAAUACGAUGCCAACAUUUCGAAGCGGAAGAAGAAGUAUAAUGGUAUGGGAAUGUUUUGCCGGAGGGGAAAAAGGGCCGUUA